GGCUUCCCUUAGCAGAAGGGAGACUGCGGUUUAGUCCCGAGGUCGCUCCAGCAGCCUGGUCUCACGCGACCCACCAUUCCCGCCGUCCCCUCACGGUGCCCGCCGUUCCCGCCGCCCGGCUCUCUAACCGGGCCCCUACUUCCCCGCCCCGUGCCCUCUGGAGACCUGCAGCUCCUGCCGACCUGCGCCAGCUCCUAGGGCCCGUCGUUCCGCCGCCCUAUCCCCCCUCACGGGGCCCCUAGCUGCCUCCUCGCGACCGUUUCUGGACUCGACCUGCCCACUCCCGCCCGCUAACCCGCCUGGCUCCGGGCCGGCCCUCGCGCGGCUCUGGUUCCUGUUCCUCUAACGCCGGCGGGGCUGCGGGAUGCCGACUCCGCGGGCCGCCCAGACCCGGAACUGCUGAGGCAGCAGCAGGCUCGCGGCGGUUGGCUCAUUCCGGGAUUCCCCAGCGCUCGCGUUGGGCCCGCCGCGUUUGCACCAAGCGCGCCAAGAGGCCCUGCCCGAGCUCCCUCCCGCCUCCCGGCAGCUGGCACGAGGGGCCCUGGCCGUCAGGUUUCCCCUGGGAUCCCGGGACCAUAUCAGGCGGGGAAUCUGUGCGGCCGCUGCGAGGUGGGUGAGGUGAUUUAUUUGGCAUGAAAGUAUUCUUUCAAGGAUGGCAGAAGCUGUUUUGAUUGAUCUUUUUGGUUUGAAAUUGAACUCUCAAAAAAACUGCCAUCAGACAUUACUGAAGACUCUGAAUGCUGUCCAAUACCACCAUGCUGCCAAGGCCAAGUUUCUCUGUAUAAUGUGUUGCAGUAACAUCAGCUAUGAAAGGGAUGGAGAACAAGAUAAUUGUGAAUUAGAAACAAGCAAUGGAUUAUCAGCUCUCUUGGAAGAAUUUGAGAUUGUUAGCUGUCCCAGCAUGGCUGCCUCUUUGUAUACCAUUAAACAGAAAAUUGAUGAAAGAAAUCUGAGCAGCAUUAAGGUAAUUGUACCCAGGAACAGGAAGACAUUAAUGAAAGCUUUUAUUGAUCAACUCUUCACUGAUGUUUACAAUUUCGAAUUUGAAGAUUUGCAAGUGACUUUGAGGGGAGGCCUUUUUAAACAGUCCAUUGAAAUAAACAUAAUCACAGCUCAAGAACUAAGAGGAAUUCAGAAUGAAAUAGAAACAUUUUUGAGAAGUCUGCCAGCACUGAGAGGAGAAUUAACUAUUAUCACUUCUUCUUUGAUCCCAGAUAUUUUCAUACAUGGAUUUACUACAAGAACAGGUGGAAUAUCUUAUAUACCAACUCUUAGCUCAUUCAAUCUCUUCAGUAGUUCCAAACGGAGAGAUCCCAAGGUAGUGGUUCAAGAAAAUCUGCGUAGGUUGGCGAAUGCUGCAGGAUUUAAUGUGGAGAAAUUUUACCGAAUAAAGACUCAUCAUUCCAAUGACAUCUGGAUUAUGGGAAGAAAGGAGCCUGACUCUUAUGAUGGAAUAACCACAAAUCAGAGAGGAGUCACAAUAGCAGCUCUUGGUGCAGACUGUAUACCGAUAGUUUUUGCAGAUCCAGUCAAAAAAGCAUGUGGGGUUGCUCACGCUGGUUGGAAAGGUACUUUGUUGGGUGUUGCUAUGGCUACAGUGAAUGCUAUGAUAGCAGAAUAUGGCUGCAGUUUGGAAGACAUUGUUGUUGUACUCGGACCUUCAGUAGGACCUUGCUGUUUUACUCUUCCACGGGAAUCAGCAGAGGCAUUUCAUAAUCUUCAUCCUGCAUGUGUACAACUAUUUGAUUCACCAAAUCCCUAUAUUGACAUCCGUAAAGCCACAAGGAUUCUUCUAGAACGGGGAGGAAUUCUUCCACAGAAUAUUCAGGACCAGAACCAAGAUCUCAACCUCUGUACAUCUUGCCAUCCUGACAAGUUUUUCUCCCAUGUCCGAGAUGGCCUUAAUUUUGGUACACAGAUUGGCUUCAUAUCAAUUAAAGAAUGAGAUACUUGACUGGAUUUUUGUAUAACUGCUUCCUGCCUCCUUCCAAACUGACUGCAAGAGAGAAAUUUAGCUGUUUGAUUUACUUAAAACCAAAUGGAUUACAAUGGAUAAUUCAUCUUUUCGGUAUAUUUUUACUAUUAUUCAAAGCCAAAUGAUUUUCAUUUAAUUAUAAUAAUAACUGACAAAAAUCAGUAUGUUGUAGCUAAUUUGUUUUAUGCAUGAGAAUUAUUCUUAAAGUUUGUUCUCCCUGUUUAUUACACAGAUCAGGAAUAGAUGUGUUCAGUUCAGUAUUUAUUGGAUACCCUCUAUUGGUCAGGCAUUGUGUUAAGCGUAGGUGAAUCAAAAUGAACACAACUUUUUCCUUUGAGUCUAAUACAGUGAAGGAGAUAAACACUUCUACAACUUAAAUUUAAUUUUAAUAGCAGUAGAAGAGAACAUAAGGAAUAGAGGUUAAUUUUACCCAGAAGGCAGGAUAGAGAAAAUAUUACAGAGAAAAAUCACAUAUCACAUGGGCUCGAAAGAUGUAGAGGUUUUUGACAAAUGAAGAACAACCAUAACAGGUAGAGGGAACACCGUGAACCAGGGCAUGAAACUGAAAGUGCAUAACAUAUUCUAGAGAGAGAAGGGUGUGGGCAGGAGUUAGGGCUGGAAAAACAGGUUGGAAACAGAUAAGUAAGGGUCUCAAAUGCAAUGUCAAAGAGCUUGCAGUUUAUUUUCCAGGCAAUGAGUAGGCAGCCAAAAAAAAAAGUAAGGAUGUGGUUUUUUUUCCCCAUGACAUCAUAUUUAAGAGGAUGGAUUUAAAUUGUGUGAGACCAAAGCAUAGAGACUAGAUAAGAGGCGAUCAAAAUAUUUCAAAAAGAAAUAAUGAAGAUCCAGUGAAGGAGGUGGAAAUUAAAAUAGGGAAGAGAGUAGAUGGAUUAGAGAGACAUUUAAGAGAUGGAAUCAAUAGAUCCUGUUACUAGAUAAUGGAAGUAAGAGGUGAGGAAGAGUGGAAAAGUCAUUAAUGACGCUAAGAUUUCUGCUUGGCUGCUUACCAAGAUUGGCAACAAAGGGAGGCAGAAGGUUUGGAAAAAGAGAGAAGGAUAAUGAGUUUGACUUUACGUAGAAUGAAGGGCAUCCAGAUAGAAAUCUUUGGUUAAUAAUUAGAAAUAUAGACCUAGAAAUUAGGAGGAAACCUGAGACAGAGACAAAUAUUUCAAGGCUUACAAUACAGAGAUGAUACCUGAUUCUACUGGAGUAGGUUUAAUCAUCUAGGUAGAAAUUAGGAUGAGAAAAAAGGAGAUCCAAUAAUACAACCUUAUAGUCACAGAAGUAAGAAAAAAAGGGUAGUUGUUUUGAAGAAGCCAGGAUAGGUGUGGAAAGUACUCAAAAAGAAAUCUUCAGGGAUAAAAUAAAGUGAUAAUUAAAAAGAAAUCAGUGGAUUAAACAUAUUGAAACUGUUCUAUAGGCAGUGGUCAUUGAGUCAGCUUUCACUGCAUUUAGUAAGAAGAUGCACAGAUGUCAACUCUUUUUUGACAGCAUUUACUAGAGAAGAGAAAAAGCUGGGGACUGCAUCUUGAAGGAAGGGACUUUUUUUGGAUGAGCAGUUUUGAGUGUGUUUGUCAGUUAAAGAGAGGAAUUAAGUUAGUUUUCAUUUAGGAAAAAUUGUAUAUAUAUUUAAUAUAAGUUAUCACAUUGCAUCUUAAAAAUUUUCUUAUUUAAUACAUAUAUUUCCUACAUGUAUAUGUGGCAGCAUGAUAGCAAAUAACAUUUGUUUGGUAUUUCCAAAGGACUUUCACAUACAUUACCUCAUUUUACCUUUACAGCUACUCUGAAGUACACAGGCAUUAUCCCUUUUAUUCAGCUGAGAAAACUGAGCUUCAUUGAGGUGGAGGUCAAAAAUCACAAAAUUUGUGAAGAAGUAAGAUUUGAACAUACGUUUCGUGACUCCAGUUUUCCUUUUAGAUUUUAAAAUUAAUUAAAGGGAUCUUAAUUAUACUUUUAUUUUUAACUUUUUGUUAACAUAAUUUAUUCAUACAUUCAGUGAAAAUUUUGUUGAGGUACUGGGACACGUUAAAAAAUACAGUUGUAGCCCUCAGGAUAUUUAAUAUCCAGUGAAAAGUGACAGUCAGUAAACCAACAAUUUCAAUACUUUGAUAUAUGUUGUGAGGUUGUGAUAACCGAUUCUUGUUUAGUUUAAUUCUAUAUCUCCCUUAGGCCAGUGUUAAAUUUAAAUAAAAUACCUCAUUUUUUCCAAUUCAGGGAAGGCACUAAACAUAAAGCAUAGGAUAGAAAUGUUGAACUCAUCCAAAAUAUUAUUUUGUUUAAUGAAAAUGAUAAAGAUUAAGGAACACUUCCAUGUAUUGAGUAAGGUUGAUAAUUUUCUAAUUCUUCACUGUGCAUUAUUUUGUUUGAAGUUGGUAAAUUUGGAGUAUCCUGCAGACACAUUUUGCUGUAUGUACUACAACAUUCUACAACCAAAUAAAAAUUAUUUUGAUUAUCUGA